ACCCAUCUAGAAAAAUGGGAGUGGAUUAUACCAUGGGAACAAAUUUUAAGCAUAUACCUUCAUGUAUACAUUGCCAUGCAAAGAGUCGAGAAAUAUUUUUAAUAGACAUUUUCUGUGUAUUGUAGAUGGGGCUGAGUAAUAUCAAUGGAAAUUACAUAAAUUUAGCUUUAGAAGGUUGGGGUUUUCAGCUGCAUUCUUAUCUGCAUUUUUUCAUGCUUUAUUUAUUUAUAAUAAACAUGCAUUCUCCUCCUCGGUUUUGUUUCUUGGUUCAAGCUAUUGAUGUUCUUGAGAUGGAGGAUUUGAGCUGCUGUUAUGGAGAAUUUAGCAGGGAUUCACUCACUUUCUGAUCAAUCAAGCUACAGGUUGUUCGAAGCUUUUGUUCGUUUAAAGAAUCGAUCAUUCUGAGAAGGCCAUGGAGUUGGGAUGCUAUCAUGCUACCAUUCAGCCUUCUCCUCAGUUCCUGUCAUACCCCACUGCAGUAGACACCGCAGUGGAAGGAUUGCCAGAUAGAUUAGUAUUUACUGGAUGAUUGUCAAGGCAUCGCAGCUCAUAACGGCUGCGGGCAAUGAUGUCGGUCAAUUCAUUGCUUCCAGAACUUCGAACUUUUGGUUAUUCUUGUUUCACUAGGGUGCAAUUUUACACUUAUGUUUGGUACCUUGUAAAGGCUAGACAGAAUUCUCUGCAGAGUUUUCAUCAUCAAUUUUCAAGUAGCAUUUUACCCGCUUGUUGAAAUUGUGGGCAAUUCGAUCACAGCCAUGGAACGCUAUCUGGUGAUAAAGGAGUUGGGAGAUGGUACUUAUGGAAAUGUGUGGAAGGCUUUGAAUCGGCAGACUAAUGAAAUAGUUGCUAUUAAGAAAAUGAAGAGGAAUUAUUUUUCCUGGGAAGAGUGUAUAAAUCUACGGGAGGUGAAGUGCCUUAUGAAAUUGAGUCACCCGCACAUUAUCAAGCUGAAGGAGGUUAUUCGGGAAAAUUUUGAACUCUAUUUUGUAUUUGAAUACAUGGAGUAUAAUCUAUACCAAAUAAUGAAAGACAGGAAUACUCCUUUCUCUGAAACCGAAAUAAUCAACUUCUGCUAUCAAAUGCUUAAAGGAUUAGCUUAUAUGCACAAGAAUGGCUAUUUUCACCGGGAUUUGAAACCAGAGAACUUGCUGGUAACAAAUGAUGUUAUAAAAAUUGCGGAUUUUGGACUGGCAAGGGAAGUUCUUUCCCAUCCACCUUACACGGAUUAUGUUUCUACUAGAUGGUACCGAGCCCCAGAAGUCUUACUACAAUCUCCAGCGUACACUACUGCAAUUGAUAUGUGGGCAAUCGGGGCAAUACUGGCAGAACUUUUCACGUUGCAGCCACUCUUUCCAGGAGAAAGUGAACUGGAUGAAAUCUACCAAAUCUGUGGUGUGCUUGGCACUCCAGACCAUGAUACUUGGCCCGAAGGCAUACAGCUGGCAGCUGCAAGGAAUUUCAACUUCCCACAGGUUCGACCAACCAACCUUGCUACCCUUAUUCCUCGUGCUAGCCCAGAGGCAAUUGAUUUGAUCACGCGCCUAUGUUCUUGGGACCCUCAGAAGAGACCAACGGCAGAGCAGACACUGAAUCAUCCUUUCUUCCUUAUUGGUAUAUCUAUUCCACUUUCUCUUGGAGAACCUCUCAAGGGGAAUAACUAUGCAGCAGAGGCAGAUUCAGAAAUUCAUUCGAAAAAACCACGGAAGGCAUGGCAUGGGGAAGGAGAAUCAGGGGUAGAAUGUUUUCUUGGGUUGACUUUGGGGAUCAAGCCAAGUGUUGGACAUUUUGGUGGGAAGGGCUCCAAAUACUCAGACACAAUAAAGCAGGAUUUGGGCUCUUCUUCCAAACCUCGAGCUAUUUUGCCACUUUUUCCUACCAGCCCCAGCAGGACUGCGGUUCCAGUAAAGUCCUCUUUACCUUCCGCAUGUACAGUGAACAGUCAAGUUGCACGACCAACUAUAGCAGCUCCAUCUGCUGCAAUUACCAUUUCUACUCUACAGCCAAGCAUACUUGAAAAUUUUAAGUUCUUUGGAUCAUCAAUGGGAUUGGCUUCACAGUUUGGCCGAAGCAGCUUUCCCUUUCAACUAGACAAUCAUGUUUAGUUCAUGCUUUCUGGAUUGGUCCUUAGUAAUCAAUCUUGCCACAUUCUCAAGCUGACAGCUUUGAUUUUGUAUGUGUGCUAUGUAUAAUAACAGAAUUGUCCAUAGAGAGAGAACUUUAAUUUAUAUUUAAGCCAUCUAGAUUCCAGAGUAUGUUUCUGUCCUGGAUUCUGAAUUCAUAUGUAAAUAUUUCCAUCCAAGAGAGCGGGAUUUCAAGGUACUGGCAGUCAAUUUAGUGCUGCUUGGAUUCAGAGUUCUGCUAAUUUGACAACAAUUUAUUUCUCACAAGCAAUCGAUCUCUGGCAUCAACCAUAUUUUUACACUAACGGGUUGAUGAGUUUUGUGAAAGUUAAAUGUAAUUGCAGUAAUCAAACAGGUUACAUUUUGCAUGUGAGAUGAAAAUCAUCUCAAAAUUGAUUCUUGAAUAAAUUGUGUUCCACUUUAUUUCACCUCAA